AGGGUGAGGUCACGUGACAUGGCUUCGGCGCUCUCCUUCUCCGACUACUUUUGAUUUAAAAAAAUAAAUAUACAUCGCGAUUGAUAUGGCCGGGUUUCUAGGCUUUCUGGACGAUGGUCGCACGCCGACUCGGUACCGAUGCUCCACGUCUCGCCAGCUUCUCCGCGGCAGAAGAAUAUCGAGACACAAAACCGUCUGUUUUGCAGACUGCAGCGUCACGUGACCUGCACGCGUCUCGGGUAAAGAUGGCGCCGAGCGGUUAGAAAACAAGCAGCGUGAGCAGCGGCGACAUCCUCCACACCGCCGCGACAGUUGGGAUCCCGAAGAACCGAGUGGAGUACGUUUCCAAUUUAGCGGACACUAGCUGUCAAAAACAAAUUCUGCUCUCUGAUCCACCAGGCUCACUAUAGUAGCCUGUUUGGGGCCCUUAUGAGGGGAAUUAUUAAGUUUAAUUCCGUUUCGCGUGAAAGCUGAGGGCGUCUGGCUCAGUGAGAGUUCACGCGCUUGGCAGCUAACCUGAGACAAUGGAUCCAGGACAGGAUUUGCUUCUGGCUGCUCUUAGUGAAAGUGGAAUAUGCCCUAAUGAUCUUUUUGAGGUUGACCCUCAGGACACUCUUCCACCCCCUGCCUCACAACAGUCGGUCUCAAUAAAUGCGCUUGACAUUGGUCUGGGUAAUGAAGCGUCUGGUAUGGUCAGAAUCGCGUCUACCGUUCCACCUGCACCUACAGUCACAAUCAGGGAGAAGCCUCAGCCCUCAACCACUACCUUCGUCUUAAAUCAGCUAAAUCAGUUGCCAUCGCUGGGGACCAUCGUAGUCACCAAACCAUCAGCCGGGACCACUACCAGGCAAACCAUCACAGUAACCAAGGUGGUCCACACAAGCCCAGCAGCCCAGCGGAGCUUGUCAUCCUCUCCAACCGUUUGCCACGGGGUCCCUCCCAACAAUGAGCAGAUCAGAUUGAAGGACCUUCUCAGAAGCAGCAGCCUAAAGACGAGCAGCCUUGGAGAGCUCAUGAAGUUGAAGCCCCCACCUGACAUAGCUCAGCCCGUUGCUACGGCAACAGCCACAGGCACAAAAUUUAUUCUGGUCUCCACAAAGAUGAUGAACAGAUCAGCGGAAUCAAACAAUGGUUUGAAGAAAGAAGUGUCUGGCAAAGACGUAGCAAGAAUCUGGGUCAACGAUGACAUGAAAAUGCGGAGCUUCUCACCUGUCAAUAAACUACCCGGAAUGAAGGAAGAAGAUGAACCAGAAGAGGAGGAAGAAGAGGAGUUGGGUCAUGCAGAGACAUAUGCUGAAUACAUGCCAAUGAAACUGAGGAUUGGCCUGCGUCACCCUGAUUCUGUCGUGGAGACCAGCUCGCUCUCCAGCGUCAACCCGCCAGAUGUUUGGUACAGACUUUCAAUACCAGAGGAGACCAUUGACAGAGGCUGGUUAUCUGCCCUUCAGCUCGAGGCCAUCACAUACGCUGCCCAGCAACAUGAGACAUUCCUACCGAAUGGAGACAGAGCAUCUUAUUUGAUAGGAGAUGGAGCUGGUGUUGGAAAGGGAAGAACCAUUGCUGGCAUCAUAUAUGAGAAUUAUCUUCUUGGCAGGAAAAGAUCACUCUGGUUUAGCGUGUCAAAUGACUUGAAAUACGAUGCAGAGAGAGAUUUGAGAGACAUUGGUGCAAAGAACAUUCAGGUCCAUUCACUAAACAAGUUUAAAUACGGAAAGAUCUCCUCAAAACACAAUGGCAGUGUGAAAAAAGGUGUUAUCUUUGCCACAUACUCCUCUCUGAUUGGAGAGAGUCAGUCUGGAGGAAAAUAUAAGACAAGAUUUAAGCAGCUGCUACACUGGUGUGGAGAUGACUUUGAUGGGGUUAUCGUCUUUGAUGAAUGUCACAAAGCCAAAAAUGUUUGCCCUAUUGGGUCAUCCAAGCCUACAAAAACGGGCCUGGCGGUUCUUGAGCUACAGAACAAGCUGCCAAAAGCCCGGGUUGUUUACGCUAGUGCUACAGGAGCAUCUGAACCUCGCAACAUGGCCUACAUGAAUCGACUCGGUAUCUGGGGUGAAGGAACUCCGUUUAAAGAAUUCACAAAUUUCAUCCAAGCGGUUGAGAGAAGAGGUGUUGGUGCCAUGGAGAUUGUUGCCAUGGAUAUGAAGCUGAGAGGAAUGUACAUCGCUCGACAGCUGAGCUUCACAGGCGUGACGUUUAAAAUUGAAGAAGUUCCUUUGUCGCCCAACUACAUCAAAAUGUACAACAAAUCAGUCCGCUUGUGGGUGAGUGCCAGGGAGAAGUUUCAGCAAGCCGCUAACCUGAUGGAUGCAGAACAACGGAUGAAGAAGUCCAUGUGGGGUCAGUUCUGGUCGGCUCACCAGAGGUUCUUCAAGUACCUGUGUAUUGCCUCUAAGGUUCGGAGAGUGGUGCAGUUGGCCCGGGAGGAGGUUAAAAACGGAAAGUGUGUGGUGAUUGGUCUUCAGUCAACCGGAGAGGCUCGAACCCUCGAAGCAUUAGAGGAGGGCGGAGGCGAGCUUAAUGACUUUGUCUCGACAGCAAAAGGCGUGUUGCAGUCCCUGGUGGAGAAACAUUUCCCUGCUCCAGACAGACAGAAGCUCUUCAGUUUGUUGGGCAUCGACCUGUCUGCCAAGAAAACACCUUCACCUUUAGAAACCAUCACUGAGCAGAAAGGGAAAAAGCGCAAGGGUACAGAAACAAAGAAGGAAGUGAAGAAAGCCCGUAAAUCCGGAGGUCUGUCUGGAACCAGCUCAGAUGAGAGCAACUCUGAUGAUUUAGAUGGUGACAGUGACGACAGCUUUAAAUCCGUCAGCUCGGGAGAGGAUGAAGAAGACUUCAACCCAUUUAAGGACGAUUCCAGCGAGGAUGAUGAAGAUGAUCCUUGGCUCAUCAGAAAAGACACAAAAAAGAACAAAGAGAAGAGAAACAAGAAGAAGAAAAAGAGCAUCGAUCCAGACUCCAUCCAGAGUGCCUUGUUAGCAUCCGGGCUGGGAACCACCAGGCCCACCUUUACAGCACCUGCUGUCAAACCUUCAAAUAACACAGUUCCUGUCGCCAAGAGCGAGUCAGAGGAGAGCAGUUGUGUGACCAGUCAAGAUGCUGUCGAGGACGCUCAGAGGAUGAAGAGAGAUCUGCUGGAACAACUGGAGAAGCUGGCAGAACACCUGCCACCCAACACUUUGGAUGAACUUAUCGAUGAGCUCGGAGGCCCUGAUAAUGUUGCAGAGAUGACCGGACGUAAAGGCAGGGUCGUCAGCAACGACGAUGGCAGCAUUUCCUACGAAUCGCGAUCCGAGCUGGAUGUUCCUGUUGAAAUCCUGAACCUCACAGAGAAGCAGAGGUUUAUGGAUGGAGAAAAGAACAUUGCGAUCAUCUCCGAGGCUGCCAGCUCGGGCAUUUCACUUCAAGCCGACCGCAGAGUGAAGAAUCAGAGGAGGAGGGUGCACAUGACCCUGGAGCUGCCGUGGAGUGCUGACAGAGCCAUUCAGCAGUUUGGUCGAACGCACAGAUCAAACCAGGUCACAGCCCCCGAGUACGUGUUCCUCAUAUCUGAACUGGCCGGAGAACAAAGAUUUGCUUCUAUUGUUGCCAAACGAUUGGAGAGCCUGGGUGCUCUUACUCACGGUGACAGAAGAGCCACUGAGACGAGAGAUCUCAGCCGGUUUAACUUUGAUAACAAGUAUGGCAGAAAUGCUCUUGAAAUAGUCAUGAAGUCUAUCGUCAGUUUGGAUUCUCCUUUAGUUUCUCCACCUGCUGACUUUGAUGGGGAUUUUUUUAAAGAAAUACGGAACGGUUUAAUUGGUGUAGGACUGAUAAAUGUGGAGGAUAGAUGUGGUGUUCUCUCACUGGACAAAGAUUACAACAACAUCGGGAAGUUCUUGAACAGAAUUCUUGGUAUGGAGGUUCAGCAGCAGAAUGCCCUCUUUCAGUAUUUCUCAGAUACUCUCAGUGCUGUUAUACAGAACGCUAAAAAGAGCGGCAGAUAUGACAUGGGAAUUUUAGAUUUGGGCUCUGGAGAUGAGAAAGUGAAGAAAGUCGAAGUGAAAAAAUUCCUGACCCCAGGAUAUUCCACCUCAGGACACGUGGAGCUCUAUACAGUGAGUGUGGAGCGGGGAAUGUCAUGGGAGGACGCCACCCACGUCUGGGCUGAUCAAAAUGGACCAGAUGAUGGCUUCUAUGUACAGGUGCGGAAUAACAAGAAAAUUGCCAUCCUGGUGAAGGAGGUCAACUCCAGAAAGAGAUUCUUCAUGGUGUACAGGCCAAAUACAGGAAAACAAGUUAAACUGGAGACCUACGCAGAUCUUAAGAAGAGAAGUAAAAAGGUUCUGUCUGAUGAUGCCAAGCAGCACUGGAUCGAUCAGUACAACUCCUCAGCUGAUGUCUGCUCGCAUGCGUAUUGGCGAGGGAACUGCAAGAAGGCCUCCGUGGGGUUGCAGUGUGAGAUCGGGCUGCGCUGCAGGAUGUACUACGUCCUCUGUGGUUCUGUCCUCAGCGUGUGGACCAAAGUGGAGGGCGUACUGGCCUCGGUCAGCGGAACCAACGUGAAGAUGCAGAUUGUGCGCUUGAGAACGGAGGACGGGCAGAGAAUUGUGGGUCUGAUCAUUCCAGCCAACUGUGUCUCUCCGCUCAUAAACAUCUUGUCAUCGUCGGAUCAGUCGCAACAGUUGGCAGUACAGCAACAACAGAUGUGGCAGCAGCUUCAUCCUCAGAGCAUCAGCCAUGGCAUCAACACGUAGCGUGACCACCUCGCCCCUUACAGUGGGCCAGCCGGCCACCCUUCCUCUCCUCACCCCGCAGGGUAGGCCACGAGGAAGACGGUGCUCGUCCUAUUUAGUAUUUCAGGGUUCGUGUCCAAAGAGGACUCAUGCCGAAGGAGCUUGCUGGACUAGCGAAUCGGAACUCUGCGUGCCGGAGCCGCUGAGCACGAGGAGACCGCACUGAGGGGUUCGUAAGACAAACGUGAAGACGUUCCAUCAGGCGGUGUCUAUUUUACAACCUCCGGGUGCAUCAUCAUCGCCCGUGCCAUCCACCGAGGACAUACUUGGGCUCUUUAUUUCACAAGAGGGCUGUAGAUUCACUUACACAUGACAGAGCUCAGGGUUUUACUCACAAUCAAAAGUUUCCUUCCACUUUCAGCUCCAAGGUUCUGAUGCACAUUAAACCUCCAUCUCUCUUUAGCCUUCUAAUCCAGCAUGUCUUGGGCAUGGCAGCGCUUGCUUGCCACUUCAUACAACCCCUGGUUUGAAACUGGGGUGAAAGUGGUGUAAUCACAGCCCUUAUGACUUUAUUUAGGAACCGAGGCGUUGCAUGGUUUGAAAAACCUUUUGGAUUUUGUUUAGUUGUGGAAAGAGACAUGCGUAUGGGGUCGGUUGUUUUUGCUGCUUUCAGUUUUGAGUUUAAUCUGGACAUAAGGGUGUUGCGUAACAUUUUUGAAGUUGUAACAUGCAGUGUUCUCUACAGAUGGCCGCAUCCAUCAGCUUUUGCUCAACAUUUUUGGUUGAGGCAUUUUCUAUUUCCUGGUUUUAAUCAUUUACUGUCACGUCAAACAUUUGUGGAUGAGGACAUCAGAACACUUCUUUCUCCAAACUCUCAGUAUUGCUGUAAAUGUUGGAGUUUGACACACGCUUGGUCUCUCUGGUAUAUCUCAGUGUACAGUUGCAUAUCUGUCAAAUGUUUUACUGAAUUAUAGAUGUCGCAGCACUCUCGAGACAAUGUCAUUUUCAUCCUUGCACGAGUUGCACUACUGAUGAUUCUGUUGUAUAAAGACUCUAUGAAAAAUUGAACUGGCUGCAAGAUCUCUACCUCUUGCAGAUGACCAAUAAAUCUUGUGAUUUACA